AAGAUGGCGGUGGCUGUUGGCGCGCAGGGUGUUUGCAGAGCCGUUGCACAGUUCCUGGGUAGCAAAAUGUGAAUGCGGCAGGAGGAGGGUGCCAGCGGAAUGAGUCGGCGAAGGAAGCAUGCGGACAGCCCUGCCCGGAGGAGCACGCCGCGCAGGGCGGCUGCCGAGGAACGCUGCCCGGCGGUGGAGCCGGGGUCACGGUGGUCCCGGGCGGCCCGCGACUCCCGGCUCUGCCGGGCGGGAGCGCGGCCUUUGCGGCGGGAGCAGCGCCGGGCAGCGGCUGACGGUGGCCGGAGCCCCGGGGAAAAGUAUAAGACACCAACAAGAGUUGUGAAAACGGAUUUAUUAUCCUGUGCCUUCAGCUCUCCUAACGAUCCAGAUGGACAGACUGAUAUCUUCUGGGAUCAAAAUUCUCCACUGACCAAACAGUUAGGUAAAGGAAGAAGAAAGAAGAUUUCCAGUACAUACACUGAUGAGAUUUCACAUAUUGUCAACCGUAUUGCACCUCAGGAUGAGAAACCAGUGACAAAUUCCAUGCUGGGUGUGUGGAUUGGAGACACUGCUAUUCCUUGUACUCCUAGUGUAGCCAAAGAAAAGUCAAGAGUGAAAAUCAGCUGCACAAAGUUAAAAACACAAAAUCGAGAAAAAGAACUUAUGAAAUUGGCUAAACAGUUUGAUAAAAAUAUGGAAGAACUUGAUGUGAUUCAAGAGCAAGAUGUGAAGAAUUAUGAUUUUAUCCAGACAACUUCAAAAGUGGGACAUUUGCACAACCUUCAAGAUUCUGCACAGACAGAGACAGAUGAGACAGUUCCUGAAAUCAGUUGUGCUCUAAUAAAGAAGCAAAUGGAAGGAAACAGCAGGAUAUCUUUGGCAAAGGAGCAAGACAGAAUUCAGAAACCCUUUGACCAAAAUGUUGAAGCAGCCCUUAAUGCUAUUUUUGAUGGUUCCACUCAGAUGUGUAGUGGACAGCUAAGCCAAGAUCUGCCGGAUGCUUUUGUGAACAAUAGUAAAACUACCUUUGUAAAGCAAAGAAGCUUAAUAGAAGAGGAAAUUACUAAUGAAACUCUGCUCGCUGAAAACUUGCCAAAUAAAACUCCGAAAUCACCUUCCCCUCAGGUAGAUACUGCCUUACUGCAGAAAUCAUGUGUGACUCCCUGUGCGAAGAAGCCAGAAGCUUCGAAUAAACAUCUUGAUGGGUUGACUACUAGUGAUUUUGAAGACGAUUGGGAAAGCUUACUAGGCAAUGAACCUUUCCUUAUGGAAAAUGCUGAAAUGCUUGAACUCUUUCCUUCUACAGCUGCCCAAGUUACUGGUCAGAAGGCAGUUUGUAUUGCUCAAAAUGAUACAAUCACGUCAACAACAAAUAUGAAUCUAGGUGGAAAGUUAAGAGAUUCAAAAGUAACUCUGGAUCUUCCAUCAAAGACAUAUAACAGGGAACUAAGAAAUUCUGAAGGAUAUAGGUUUUUAUCACAUCCAAGUGAUGAAUCUAGCAAGUUACCGUUAACUGUAAGUAAAAUGAGGUUUGAGAAAUCUUUCAAUAACAUUAAAAAUGAAGGUUGUGUUGAUGUCUCUAAUCUUACAAGAGUAAAAGAAGAUAGUCGCAAGUGUACAUUGAAUGUGUGUGCUUCUGACAAUUCUGCUUCCUACUCAAGAUACCCUAAUGAAAAAAAUGUUAACCUGCCUUUGAAAGCACCUAUUAUUGAUACUGCCCCCCUUGGUUCUGUAUCCUUGGGUAAAGAAAACAGUGUUUGUAAUGCAAAUCAGACUAAUGGAUCAAAGUUCAGUUCUUCCCUUGAUGACUGGAAUGAUCCUUUGGUGGCCAGUGAAAUAAUUAAAGCAUGCCAUGAGUUAGAGACUACCUGGGAAGCAGAUGAUGUCGAUGAUGAUUUGCUAUGUCAGGCAUGUGAUGACAUUGAAAGACUAACUCAGCAAGAAAGCAAGGGCAGCAAGGAAGCAGAAAGUAUAAAUAACACUCCCAAACACAGAUCCAGAAAUACUUGGACUGCAUCUAAACGAGGAAGCCAGGCAGUGCCUUCUACACAUUGGAAUCCUGUCAGUUCCUCAGUACCUUCAUCCUUACCAAAGAACUCACUGAUACAUCAAUCAGUAAAGGUUUUGGAAAAAAGAGACACCUGUGGAGAUUAUCCCAAUAUUUUGGAUGCUACAACAAAUUUGUCUGUGUGCCUUAAGAAUUCAAAUGAUCAACAACAUGUACCAGUACAGGUGAAUAGCUCAAAAUUUAUUCUUGCAGGAAGUUCAAGUUUGAAUGUUAGUUUGGGUCCUAGGGGCACAGAAAUUGCUACUAAUAUGAAGUUGAGUACUCAUCAACUAUCCCACGGCACCUUAGCAGAUAAAGCACAGAAUGACAGCAAAAUACAGAAGUUUUCAAAAUUUACAUUUAAGACAAAAAAUCCACAGUUUCUUUCUCAGUUAAAUCAAAGUUGUAUAGCAGGAAGUAUGCCUGUUAGCAAAAUCUUGCAGGAUUUUGGAAAAAAGGAAACUGUCACUUCAUUGUUUGAGGCUAAUCAACAGCAAUCUUCAAUAAAAUAUUCUGAGUCUUUGAAACCAUCUUCUAAAGGUGAAGAAGAAAGGAACAGGAAGUAUUCCCCUGAAGAAAUUCAACGGAAAAGGCAGGAAGCACUGGUACGAAGAAAGGCCAAAGCACAGGCGAACCCUGCUGUGCGUUCUGCUCCCAUUGCACUGCUUUGAUGGAAUCUGAGUCAGACGGUUUCACAGCUGUUAAUAACUAUCUAUGAUAGGACUUCUGAUCAUGAUUUCUCUGUGAGAAAUUUAAUGCUUCUACUGUAUUAUUUAAUAAAUCAGUGUUUACAAUGGUAAAUGAAACUUUCUUAGAGAUGUAUGUGAAUUAUGUAUAAGUUUUUGAAAAGUUACCAUUUUUUUUAUACACACACACACAUACACACACACACACACACACACACACACACACACACAGAGGGAAGUGCUUGUCUUUAUUACUUACAAUAGCAGCUGAGCAUCAAAAAUAAGACAGCUGUAAAGCUUCUAACAGAUUAAAAUAACUAAGCAGUAACUUAGUUUUGUAGUGUCAUUUUUCAGUUACUUAAGGUUUUUUAUACACUGACAAUUUUUAAUUAAUACUCCCAUAUUCUUAGUGGCCUUGCUGAAAUGUAGAGAACUUCUAUUUAUUUUUUAAAAAAUUAUUGUUUUCAGUUGCUAGCCAGAAGUAGGUUUAAAUUUUAAUUGUUUCUAAGUGUGAUUCAAUUUGAAAACAUUUUGCUAUUAGAAAAAACACAGAUUGGCAUUAAGUCUAGUUUAGCACAAAAAAAAAAACCAGAUUAAGCUAAGUAACAAAGCAUCACUUGUCUUUAUUACUUACAAUAGCAGCUUUUAGAAUUAGAUAGAACAUUUAGAAUUGACAGAAACACAUGUCAUCUGAUCCAGCUUCUUUAUCAUAUAGGUUAGAUAGAACAGAUCAAGCUGUUCUUUUUCUUUAUGUGCAUGUGUGUUUCAGUUAGGGUCAUGCCAUAUGGCCCAGGCUGGCCUUGAACUCUGUCACCCAGAUGGCCACAAACUAACAGUGAUUCUUCUGCCUCAGUCUCUGGGUGCUGUGAGUACGGAUAAUCUACCACUAUGCCCAUUCAUGGUGUUGCUUUCAACGUCACAGACAAAUUAAACCUGCAUGUAUGUUAAAAUUUAUUUUUCUGAACAUCUAAACAGUUGCAUAAUGUGCUUCAAUCUAUUAGUACUUAAAAUAAUUUGGAGGAGCAUUAACACUGAAAUACAAUCUAAAGUACAUUAAGGACUGCUUAUUAACAGUGCUCAUAUACAUUCUUUAUUUUAAAGAAUUAACUAAUCUUUUCCAGGAUUCAAAAUUAGACUUUCUAUUCUCAGUUUUCUUAUUAUUGUAAUUUUCCUUCUAAUUAAUUAUUUAGCAUCGCUGUUUUUUCUCUCUGUCAUCCCUGCCCCCUUUUUGUCUUUUAAAAAAUGAGCCAGUAAUACAAGCCUUAACUAGAGGGGAGGGCAUAUGGCAGUAAGGAUGCUUGUAUUCUAAAUGGCUUUUAGGAGACAUGAAGAAAAGUUCAGCUAUGAAGCACCCAUCUUGAUGAGGUGUUCACUAUUGUUCAGGUAUCUUUGAGCUGUGACAAUCUGAUAGUUAUUAUUAAGUACAUAUCAUUUUUCAGAUGUUUUAUACAUACAAAUAUACAUUUAUAUAUACAUACAUACACAGUAAGGUAGAUUUUAGUUGUUCUGUAUUAGUUACCAAAGAGUAUAUUAUUAAGACCUAAAUAAAUACUGCAAGUUUUUAUGUCAGAAAGUGAAUGGCCUGCUUUUCUAGUGAGCCUUCAGUCUGUUCCAAGUCUCUCUGUCUGCUCCAGCUCUCUUGGCACUUGUUUUCUAUAGAAUACGUUGAAGUCAUUCUGCCCAUCCUUUUACACUGGCCUUGUGUGUCUGUUUCUUUGGAACUCAUAGCUGACCAUCUUCGCUAGAAUUGAUUUCUUCUAAGUGAUCUCUUUAUCUUUCAUGGAAACUAUGAAAGCACCUCUGGAUGGUGGGCAUGUGCUAGUCCAUCAGACUACCCCUGCUUUCAUACCACUCUACUAUCUUCAUUCCCUAAAUGUCGCUGGAAGCACUAGCAUGUGAAGAGCUGCCUAGUUUGCAUCGGUUGGCACAUUUCCGGUCUCCAGGGACAUUGUCCACAGAAGUCAGAGGGGCAGCUGGUAGGACUGGAAGCAGUAUUCUGUUGCAAGCUCUUUUGCUGGUUCUGCUUCACUGAAAGUUCGUUCAGCAAGACCAUUAUUAAAGAGAAGAGCCUGUUGCAGCAUUUAGACAACUGACUGCAAGAACACUUAUGUUAGUUAUUGCAGAAACAGUUUUAUGUAGUUAUGAACCACAUUUUUUUUAGUAACACAGUAGCACCUUUUAAGUUACAAAGAAUGAGUACCUUCCUCUGCCUUUGUCUGCUUACUACUGUAUGUGAUGGCUACUAAUUAUAUUUUGAAUGAUUUGAAGUCAGAUUCUGCUUGUGGAUUUCUUUUCUUGUUUCACUUAAAUCAUUGUAACUGAUUCAUUGAGUAUUCAAGUUGGAAAAUGUUUUUUGGAACAGUUUAAAUUUUAUUUAAUACUUAUUUGAUUGAAGUGCUAAACUGAAUUUAAAUUGUUCACAUUUGACUGGUUUUCAGCUUUUGGCAAUGUGAUCAUAAGCACUUGUGGAUUCACAAAGCAGCAAAUGUGCCUUCUUUUAGGUGUCAUAAGUGAACACAUACAGGUGUUGAUUUUAGAGUUUUGUCUUUUUAAAGUCUGUUUGGCUAAUAAAUCAUAAUUGGUGAGUUUCAUUUAA